GGCGGGUCUUUCGUACUGCGCUUUCCGUGUUUCCGCCUUGCAUAUUUGAAGAGAUCCGGUUUUGGUGGUUGGAGUGUCUUCUGAGACACAUUGUUUGGAACUUUAAAGGCUGUCGUCAGCCAUUGCUUGCAAACGGUAACGGCCCUCCGUCUUAGUUAGUCUGCGAUGGCCAUGCAAGUGCAGUAUGAAGCUGCAGAGGAGGAGAAUUUUGGACCACAAGCUAUAUCCCGGUUGGAGCAAUGUGGAAUAAAUGCAAAUGAUGUGAAGAAAUUGGAGGAGGCUGGAUUUCACACAGUAGAGGCAGUUGCGUAUGCUCCCAAGAAGGAAUUGCUGAAUAUAAAGGGCAUCAGUGAAGCUAAAGCUGAAAAAAUCUUGGCUGAAGCUGCUAAAUUAGUUCCCAUGGGAUUUACUACAGCAACAGAGUUUCACCAGAGGCGAUCAGAAAUCAUACAAGUAACAACUGGUUCCAAAGAAUUGGACAAACUUCUGCAAGGUGGCAUUGAAACAGGCUCUAUUACAGAGAUGUUUGGUGAAUUCCGUACUGGUAAAACACAGUUAUGUCACACUCUGGCAGUUACAUGUCAGCUCCCUAUUGAUAGAGGUGGUGGUGAGGGAAAAGCCAUGUACAUUGACACUGAAGGCACUUUUCGACCAGAACGUCUACUUGCUGUGGCUGAAAGGUAUGGCUUAUCGGGUAGCGAUGUUCUAGAUAAUGUGGCUUAUGCACGUGCCUUCAACACAGAUCAUCAGACCCAGCUUCUGUACCAGGCUUCUGCCAUGAUGGCCGAGUCUAGAUAUGCACUUCUUAUUGUGGACAGUGCUACAGCACUCUAUAGGACGGAUUAUUCUGGCCGAGGGGAACUUUCAGCACGACAGAUGCACUUGGCUCGCUUCCUAAGAAUGCUUCUAAGACUUGCCGAUGAGUUUGGAGUGGCAGUUGUCAUCACAAACCAGGUUGUGGCACAAGUAGAUGGAGCUGCCAUGUUUGCAGCUGACCCCAAGAAGCCCAUCGGAGGGAAUAUUAUAGCUCAUGCCUCUACUACAAGAUUGUACCUAAGAAAAGGCAGGGGUGAAACACGCAUCUGUAAGAUCUAUGAUUCGCCGUGUCUUCCGGAAGCAGAGGCCAUGUUUGCAAUAAAUGCUGAUGGAGUAGGAGAUGCAAAGGACUGAACUGUGAAAGCUUCUACUGCUCUUAUGUACCUCUAACAUAUGAACUACUGGCUUGUUCACAGUGGGCUCCGUUGCAUAGACCAGGGCCUAGUAGGGCUGGUCAUUGAGUAACUUGGAAAAGUGUGGAAAGUAUCUACUACAAAUGUGCAGCUGCCAUUUUCCUGUUUUACACAAUCUGCUUUUGACCAACACGCGCACAACCAAUGUGCAUUAUUCCAGGUAAUGGUAUAUACGUUGUUUCCAUUAUAAGUCUUUGGAAGAUCAAGUAGAUUAAGUAUUUUCUUUAUCCACUGGAUUAAAAACUUUAUUUUUACUUUGGACUUUGAUGCUUGAAUGCAAUCUUCUUAAGAGCGCAAAGAUUUCAUAGAAUGCACAGAAAUAUGGAACAUUAACAUUAGGAGCUGCAUGAUAUAUUCUACACUACAGAAAACACCAUCCUGUUGCUUCAUUUGUAAUGUAUAGCUGUUUGGCAAGUUUCACAAUCACUUUUUUUUUUUUUCCCUUCAUUGAUGUAAAUAGAUGUAUAGACGAUUUCAGUUUCCAAAAAUAAAAUAUAACUUCACAACA